AUGGCACUGACACUGACCGGAGUCUACAACGCGAGGCAGCUCCAGAUAGUGGUGAUUAACAGUAUUCUUGUGUUUUUGUCAGUGACCGCUGUGUUGUUGCGAUUCUGGGCUCGAAAUUUGCAAGGACUGAAACCAUUUCUGGAAGACUACCUGAUACUCGUUGCUUUGGUGCUAUCCUUGGGAGUGAACAUCCUUCUCUUUCAAAGCCUUCAUGCCGGCGUAGGUGAGCAUGUUGACUCUCUGACAACUGCGACCGUACAAGAAUACUCCCUGAACCUGUAUAUGAUGCAACUAUUCUGGAACACCUGCCUUCCCAUCAUCAAGCUUUCCAUUGCCCUCUUCUACCAACGCAUAUUCCCAAUCCGAUCCAUGGUCAUUGCCUGUCGCACCAUCAUCGUCUUUCUCUUCGCUUGGUACCUGGCCUUCCAGACGACGGCCAUCUUCCAAUGCACACCAAUUCACCACGCAUGGCAGAAGAAAACUACCCACGGGAGAUGCAUUCAAUUCGUUCCCUUCGUGAUCACGUUAGCUGCGACAAAUCUAUGUACAGAUAUACUCCUUCUCGCCCUGCCAACCCGCGAGAUUUGGAAGCUUCAAAUCGCGCAAGGGAAGAAAAUCGGAUUGUCGGUCAUUUUUACUCUGGGUUAUGAGGUACUAAUGCGAUUUCUGACGUCCAGUGUGUGUAUCAUCUCGCUCGUACGGCUCGAAAAUCUGAUCGCCAUCAGCAAUGCGGACAUUACGUGGUCCGAUACGUAUUCCCAUCUGUGGACGGCGAUCGAAAGCAGCUUAGGGGUGGUGGUGGCGUGUCUCCCGAGUCUGAUGCCCAUCGUCCGCCUGAUUCGCCAUGGGAAGGAGUGGAGAGGACAGCACCGCAAAUCUCCUCCUGGUGCCGGUCGGGGGUCGUCUUCCUACCUCAGUCACCUGCGUGGGUCCUACGAGCUGUCGCAAUUAUCUAACCCCAAUCACAUUAGCUCGGGGCCGGUUCGGCCUCGACUCCGUGCCGGCAGCAGUGAUUCGGCCUUGAUCGAGAAAUACAUGGGGGAGAUUGAGAUCACCACUAAAAUCGCGCAGCAGGUGGAGUCUAGUCCUCCUCGUACUUAG